AUGGGUGAAGAGGCUGGGAUAGAAGUAGAGUUUGAACAACCAACUGACAAGGAGAAUGAAAGGAAAGAAACACCUGCAGUGAGAGCACCCAGCCCCGUGAAGGCUUAUGUGCCACCAAUUUCCUUCCCUCAAAGGUUACAAAGAAAGAAGUUGGAUAAUCAGUUUGCCAAGUUUGUUGAGAUUUUCAAGAAACUGCACAUCAACAUUCCAUUUGCAGACGCAAUUGCUCAAAUACCCAGCUAUGCAAAAUUCUUGAAAGAGAUCCUAUCUAACAAAAGGAAGUUGGAAGAACAUGAGACAGUAUGCUUGAACGAGGAGUGCAGUGCAAUACUAUUGAGAAAGCUACCUCCUAAACUAAAAGACCCAAGGAGUUUCACUAUACCUUGCACAAUCGGUUCUAAUUUCUUUGAACAUUCUUUAUGUGAUUUAGGUGCCAGUGCUAAUUUGACGCCUCUCUCUGUCUACAGGUCUCUUGGAUUAGGAGAAGUAAAACCUACAACAAUCUCUUUGCAACUGGUCGACAGAUCGAUCAAAUGA